GCUUUUAAAAUGAGUAAAACAUCUUCAACCAACAACUCAGUGAUCCAACCUUACAGUUCACAGAGUGAACAGUCUUUAUCUGUGCGCCCAUCCAAUGUCAUCGAACCUAGUGUGGCCAAACGGAUCUGCUUUUAUAAGAGUGGAGAUCCUCAGUUUAAUGGAAUCAAAAUGGUUGUAAAUAGCCGCUCUUUCAGAUCAUUUGAUGCUCUGCUUGACAACUUGUCAAGAAAAGUUCCUCUGCCUUUUGGAGUAAGGAAUAUUACUACACCGAGGGGGAUGCACAAUGUCAACAAUCUGGAAGACCUUGAAGAUGGAAAAUCAUACAUUUGCUCCCAACAAAAAAAAAUCAAACCCAUUAAUUUGGAAGUGGCCAGAAGAAAGCCAUUGCCAUGGCAAAUUAGUAGGCCCAUCAGUGCUGGCCGUAGGGCUGUACAGUUAACUAAAGACAGCAAAGGAACUGUGUUCCAACGAGGUAGCACUAUACAACUCAGCACCCCUAAGAAGUUGCUCGUUUUCAAAAAUGGCAAUGCAAAAAUUCGGUGCACAGUUGUCUUGGGUAAGAAGAACACACAAAGUUUUGAGGCCUUUCUGGACCACAUCAGUGAAUUAAUGCAGUAUUCAGUGUUGAAAUUAUAUACUAUGGAUGGGAGAAAGGUUUCCAACCUUCAGGGUCUGCUAUUGUGUUCUGGAGCGGUUGUGGCUGCAGGGAGAGAACCCUUUAAGGCAGGGAAUUAUGAUCCUCGUAGGUAUUCAUUGCCUUCAAGACUGCCGGGAGUCUCCAGUCGUGUUCACCCCCAAACAAACCUCAAGUCAGAGAGCAGAAAAACUAUGAAAUGGAAGGUAGUAAUUUUCACCAGUGAUCAGCCAUCUUCAGGAACCAGCUCGCAAGUUUAUAUUACAUUAUAUGGGGAACAAGGCAAUUCAGGAGCUGUCUUUCUAUACGGGGAGGAGAAAAAAGUGUUUGAAAGAGGAAGCACAGAUACUUUCAUUAUUCACACGGAAGACUUGGGAGAUCUAUACAAAAUACGGAUAGGACAUAAUAAUUCUGGAGAAACCCCUGCCUGGCACUGCAAAGAGCUGCAAUUGCAGAAUCUUGUAACAGGAGAAAAAUACGAUUUCUCUGUUGAAAAGUGGCUGACGCAAACUCAAGAUGAAGGUGAAAUCAGUCAGGAACUUCCUGUUUUGCAUCAGGGGCAGCCCAUUCUUCCAGUGGCAAUGUACAAGGUGCAUGUAGUAACUGGUGAUCUCUGGAAUGCUGGGACAGAAGCUGAUGUGUACAUAGCAAUCUAUGGAGAAAAAGGUGACACAGGGUGCCGACAGCUGCAUAGGUCAAUGAAGUCUCAAAAACCUAUGAAAGGACAAACCGAUACAUUCUCACUUGAAGCUGUGCACCUUGGACAUUUAUGUAAAAUUGUUAUAGGACACAAUGGACUUGGCUCAGGAAAUGGUUGGUUUCUGGAGAAAAUUGUAGUCCAGGAUCCUAUCACAAACUCAGAUUAUAUCUUCCUAUGUUACAGAUGGCUAGAUCAAGGAGAAGAUGAUGGCAAAAUUGUCAGAGAACUUUAUGUCAUUGAUAAUUACACCAUUGCAAGGAAACAAGAACUAGAAAUCAAGAGAAAGAACAUGUGGGCAGCUGAGAAAUGGAAAUUUCAGAAAGGCAAUAUACUUCAGUUUUACAACAAGAUGACCCAUGGAUUUAUAUGUCUUAAACGAGAUGGAGUGGUGGAUGCCGUUGGUGACAAAAAAGACAAAUAUGGUCUUUUCGAGGUGGCAGUGAAGAAAGGAAGCCUCUGUGUUCUUAGAAGCCAUGCAAACCCCCACCUUGGACUUGCUCUCGCCCGUGGCUCAGUCACAGGGAUGAACUAUGGUGAUAACCACUGUGAACUGCAAGUUCAUGUUCAGCCUAAUCAUUGCACCAUUCUGGAAUCAUCCCAGAAUCCAGGGCAAAUGAUUUCUUUCAAUUCCCAAGGCAUGGUGGCCGAUGAUAACACAGGCUAUGCAGGGCUAACCAAGGAGUUUGUGGUCCACGUAAAGGGUAUAUUCCAGAACAGUGCCAUAAUUUUGCUUACUACAAGCUACUGCCAGUUUCUCUGCCUAAGAUCUGAUGGGAGCUGCAGCGGAGCAGGAAAUCAGGCUGAUGAUUCUUACUGGAAAGUUCAUAAAAUCAGCUCUGGGAUUUGUAUGUUUGAAAAUGCAAAACACCCAAGAAUGUAUCUGAGGAUCAAGGAUGGCCAGUGUAAUGGAACGGGCAUAGGAGAUGUGGACUGUCAUUUCAACGUACAAAAAAAUUUAGAAACUGGGUCUGUAAGUCUUGAAUCGGCACGAAACAGAGGAAUAUAUGUUGGUCUUCUGCCUAAUGGUGAGACCAAGCCAUUUGUUGAUACUGGAGAAAGCAACGUUUUGUUUUACCCACAAGUUGUCAAAUUUGGCAGAAAAAAGCCAAUGGGAACAUCUGCAACUCUUGCCCAGCAGGAAGAAUCUAAGCAGCAGUUUGCAGGACCCCAGAAUCUAGUAUCUGGAAGAGAACCAAAUUUUCUUCCUUCAGAGGAAAUGAUUACUAUUCAAAAUGAAAAGUCCCCUUUUCCUUCAGAGGAUAAAUGGAAAGUAUUCAUACUGACAGGAAAUUCAGGAACUCAAGCAAAUGUCACUCUCUGGAUAUAUGGAGACAAAGGUUCUGUUGGACCUAUUAUUCUUGGCAAGGACAACAGAGGACAACUGUUUCUACCAAGAACUGAAGAUGCAUUUCAGGUUGAAAUGAAAGAUAAUGGUAACAUUUACAAAAUCAGAAUAGGCCACGAUGGAUCAAGUCAACAUGCAGACUGGAUGUUGGAAAAGGUAACAUUACAACAUCUGAAAACUGGUAGAAUUUUGACGUUUCCAGCAAACAAAUUGCUGUCCUGGAAUGAAGGGAAUGGAAAUACUGUGUGUGAACUUUCUGUUGCAGAAAAUGGAAGAAGCCUUUAUCCAAUUGUGAAUUAUCAGGUUUACGUAUCUACUGGGCAUCUGGAACACGCAGAAACUGCUUCUUCCAUUUAUCUGUGCAUAUAUGGAGAAAGAGGAGAUUCUGGUUUGAGACUUCUUGCUAAAUCAGACCAACCUAUAAAAUUUCAGAGAGGAAUGAUUGACAUGUUUGAAAUACAAGCUGUGUCACUUGAAAAUCUACAGAAAGUGCUGCUGUGCUGCAAAAGUGAUAAUCAGUUGCAGGACUGGUACUGCGAGAAAAUAAUCAUCAGAGAAUCUGGGAAAAACUCGGAAAAUAUUUUCAUCUGUGAAAGAUGGCUGCCAUAUAUGUCUCAAGGAAUAAUCCAUUCAGAAGUAGAGCUCUUUGUCCAGGAAAUGCAAAUAAAUCAUCAUUCGAAAAUGGAAGAGAAAGAAAAUGGAGAAGAUUGGAAAAUCACUAUAGUCACUGGAGGUUUUGAAACAGCUGGCACAACAGCAACUGUGUCCCUUUAUGUUUACGGAGAUAACAAGGCUUUGGGUCCUCUUAUACUGGGAUCUGGAAAACACCAGCUGUUUAAUCCCAACAGUACAGAUACAUUCCAGAUUAACCUAAAAAAUAUUGGAGAACCAUAUAAAAUCCGAAUUGGUCAUGACAACAGUGGAGAAAAUCCCAGUUGGUACCUGAAUGAAAUUAGAUUUCAAAAGAUGAAUUUGCCAUCUGAGCAAGAAAUAUGUUUUCCUGUCAACUGCUGGUUAUCUGAAGACCAAGGAGAUGGAGACACAUGGAGAGAAAUACCAAUUAGGAGGCCUAAAAAAGAACGUUUACCAUUGGUAGUCUACAAGAUCAAUGUAUUCACUGGGACACAGCCAGGUGCAGAAACUAAUUCAAAUGUGUACAUCACUAUCUUUGGAAAUCAAGGAGAUUCUGGAAAACGGAAACUUCAGAAGUCAAGCACUAAUAAAGUCACAUUUCAAUGUGGUCAGACUGAUGUCUUCUCUGUGACGGCUGUAUCACUUGGAGUUCUGCAUAAAAUUGUCAUUGGCCAUGAUGGAAUUGGUCCAGGUAGUGGAUGGUUCCUCCAAAAGAUUGUUCUCAGAUUUCAGGAGGGAACAGAGAAUAAAGAAGAAGAAAUUGAAUUUCUUUGUAACAGAUGGUUAGAUGAGUACCAAGAUGAUGGGAAGACUGAAAGAGAGCUAAUUGCCAGAAAAAAUAACAAUGCUUCUAUAGCAUAUCCUAGAGGUCAGUGGAGAGUGGUGGUGAAAACAGAUCAUGAUUCUCCAGAGCCACAGACAUCUAAAAGAACCCUUGUGAUUUAUGGCUCAAAAGGCAAAAGUGAUGAUCUUCUCCUGUCUUCACAAAGUUUGGGAUACAUGUGUUUUCAACCUGGAGCCACUGAUGAAUUCAUUAUUGAAUCUGGAGAUGUUGGAGAUGUGUACAAGAUUCGGCUCAACUGUGAUGAUUUGGUAGACUUUGAGGGCUGGCAUUUGAAGUCUUUGCAAAUGAAAGAACUACAUGCUAAUCAAGAGGUGAACUUUGGCUGCAACUGCUGGUUCUCCGUUAGCCAAGAUAUGGUGAAGGAAUUUCCUGCAGUGAAUGAAAACCAGAAAACUUUAUCAGUGCAUAAAUAUAUGGUCUCUGUACACACUGGGGAUCUCUGGGGAUCUGAAACCUUUGCAAACAUUUAUAUAACAGUUUAUGGUGAACGAGGAGAUACAGGUGUACGGAAACUUCAAGAUUCCUUUAUUGAAGGAGAAAAAUUUCAAAGGAACAAGGUGGAUUCCUUUUUAAUAGAAGCAGUCUCCUUGAGCCAUUUAAAAAAGAUAGUUGUAGGACAUGAUGGAGAAGGCUAUGGUGCUGGAAUAUACUUAAAAAUGGUAACCAUUAAGAAAUCAGAAAAGUCUGACACAGAAUGGGUCUUUCCAUGUUGGAACUGGCUAGAUACACAUAUGGGAAUCUGUGACACUGUUUGUGAGAUUAAAACCAUAGGUAAAAGAAGGCUCUCUUCUUCAAGAUAUUCUCCAAUUAAUCAGCAGAUAUCAGGUUUAUGGAUAAUGGAUAUCACUGGAUCUGACAUAAAUGCUGAAACUGAUCCAAUGCAUUUUACUUUCAACUUUUAUGGAGAUAAAGGUCAUAAAAAGUUGGCAUUGCAACUUUUAGGAAAGACAACACAAAUCAAAGAUGAACUGACAAAUGUUGGAUCACUUUACAAGAUUCAGAUAUCCAGUGACUAUGCUCAACUAAAGGAGUCCUGGCAUAUGGACAUGUUGCAUAUGAAGCAUACAGAUACCAAACAAGAGAUGUGGUUAAAUUUUGAUUAUUGGUUUAAACCCAGUGAGGACAUCUGUGUUGAAUUACCAGCAUUUUUUGCAGACCAGGAUCCUUUGCCUGUUGUUGAGUAUUCUACCCAUGUAUAUACUGGAGACAGGAAGAAAGCUGACGCCAGUGGCGAUGCUUAUUUUUGUAUUUGUGGAGAUAGAGGUGACUCAGGAAAACGAUGGCUUAAUAAUUCUAAAACAGGACCAAUCACUUUUGGUAGAGGACAGAUGGAUGUUUACCAAAUCAAAGGAGUGUAUCUUGGGAAGCUGAAUCAAGUCAUUGUGGGGUUCAAAGGUUUGAACAAAGAUGAUUGGUUUCUAGAGAAGGUAGUAAUAGAAGAAAGAAAUUAUCCUUUUACUACAUAUACUUUUGUUCAUAAUACCUGGUUGCAUCAAAAGUCAAAAAAAGAUUUUACAGAAGUUACAAUCCCACUACAAGGCACGGAUGAAAGACUUGGAUACUAAAGAAGAAUUAGGCUUUCGCCCUUUAAACCGAUGGCUCUUUGAAGAAGACGCAUCAGAGACUGUGACGGAACUAGCAGCAGUCAGACCAAAUGAAGCUCCUCUCAAGGAAAUUACUUAUUCAAUCAGUGUUUAUACAGGAACAUUACCAGCAUCUGAAACAGAUGCAAAUAUCUUUAUUGCGCUAAUUGGAAAGAAUGGAGACUCUUACAAAAGGAAACUGAAGCAUUCAAAAUCAUGCCCACAGUUUGAAAAGGGUCAGAUAAGUACCUUUGCUAUCCAAGCAAUUGAUCUUGGGAUGUUAAGCUCAGUGUUGGUGGAACACAAUAACUCUGGUUAUGGAGCUGGAUGGUACCUUGACCAAAUCUUGAUACAAGAAUUGGAGAAGAGCGAUAGUCAAUAUGUAUUCUCAUGCCACCAAUGGUUGGACAGCGGUGUUGGUGAUGGAAAGAUGAAACGAGAACUGCAGCUUCUUGGAAAAACCAAUAAAGAAAGUCUGACAAAAGAUAUUCAUGGGACUUGGGAUGUCACUGUUAUAACUAGGGAAAUGUCAGACAAUUACGGGAACCCUAAAUUAAUUCUGACAGUAUGUGAUGACAAAGGUACAUCAUCUUCAGUCUUCAUUCCCAAAGGAUCAUUUAAGAGGGCUAAAACUUACCAUACAUCUUUGGAGCUAGAUAAGAAAUUUAAUAAGAUUUGCAAAAUUCGCUUGGAAGUAGAAGACUCUGACAGAGAAACAUGGCAUUGUCAUGAGGUAAAAUUUAAUUACGCAUUAUCAAAGGAAACUUUAGAAAUCCCUUGCUGCCGAGAUUUUCCAGAUAAUAAAGGAUGCACAGUAGCUGAAUUUCCCAUUCUUAUAACUGGCACCAGGUUUUUAACAGUUAAACAAUAUAUUCUGUAUAUCUCAACGGAUUCCGCCUCAAAGUCAGGUACAGACUCUGAUGUGUAUGUCACUUUAAAAGGGACAAUGGGAGACACAGGCCGGAGAAAAGUACUCAGAAAUGGGCAGGAAUGCUUUUCUGAAGGAAAGGUGGAUGUUUUUCCCAUAGAAGCAGUAGAUAUUGGAACUCUGAGUCAGCUUAUUGUGGAAAAAGGAAAAGGCUCUGCUUGGCACCUCCAGAAGGUUAUAGUGAAAGAACCACAAUGUGAAGGAAAAGAGACACUCUUUAUGACACAGACAUGGCUGAAAGACACAACUGAAAAGAAAAAAUAUGCCUCAGUAACUCUGAGUGCUACCGAAGUAUUGGAUAGGAGAAACACAACUGCCUCAUUAUUACAAAGCCAAAACAUGAAAUCAGAAGGUCUGUGGAAGAUAUUUUGCACUACAUGUCAUGAAGAUUCAUCAAAAGCAUUUGAAGAAUCUUGGGAAAACUUUACUAAACUGACUUGGGUGUUCUAUGGAAACAGUGGCAAAUCUGAACCAAUUUCCUUGACGAGUAAAACAGGAAUUCAAGCUGAUGACAAAUUAACAUUUGAUGUAUAUUUCCCAUCUGAUCUAGGAACGCUUUAUAAAGUGAAGAUUGGGAUUCAUCUCUUGGGAGAAAGCAUAUGGCAAUUGUUUCAUCACUGCAAAAUCCAGAACACUGUAACCCUUGAUACCUUUAGUCUCUCAUUACAUGAAACAUUUCCUCUUCUUAAUGGAGAUCAGUGGAUUGAGUUCCCUAUCGAAUGGCCAUUAAUGAAAGCCCUUUCUGUGAUUACCUAUGAUAUAAAAAUAUUCUGCAGUGAUAAUGUGAGCAAAAUAAACAUGGUGCCUAUCUCUCUGUCUGUAUAUGGAACCAAUGGAGUCACUGAAGACCGAAGACUUUUGUUGUCACCAUCAUCUACAAUUGAGAAAGGAGAAGUUGGGAUGUUAUUUACAGGUCAAACAGAUGCUGUGGAUUUGGGAAAAUUGCACAAAAUUGUCCUUCUCAUUGAAAAUACAUCAUCUUGCAAACUGGCAAUUAAAGCUUUGCACUUAAAGGAAAAUUUAAAGCAAGAGCCUGUGUACAUAUUUGAAGUGAACGAAACAUUCCAUCUGGACACUGAUAAAUCUGAAAUAAGGAGAGAAAUCCCCCUCUCUUUGGUUAAUAAAGAAGAUAAUGGACCAGAAAAUCUGACAGAACAUAUUAUUAAAGUGUACACUGGUGAUAAAAGAGGGGCAGGAACUGAUGCCAAUGUUCAUAUCAUUUUGUUUGGAGACAUGGAUACAUCUAAUUUAAUUCAGCUCAAAACCUCUCUUGAUCAUCGAGAUCCCUUUGAAAGAGGAAAGUCUGAUACAUUCAAAAUUAAGACAAAGAUAAUUGGAAGGCUGCAGAAGAUUGAAAUUGGACACGAUGGGAAAGGGUUUGCAAGUGGCUGGUUUCUUGAAAAGGUAGAAAUUACAGAUAUGUCUACAAAUGAACUCUACAGCUUUAGCUGUAACAGAUGGCUGGCUGAAGAUGAAAAUGAUGGAUGCACAGUAGUACAGCUUUACAUAUAAUUUUCUGAGAACCUGUUUGAAUCUGCUUCCCUCUUCACUUCAAGCUGAUCCAAUUUAUUUGUAUUUCCUUAUUAUGAAAGAGCUAUAAUUAUCAUGAAGCAAUAUCAAAACAAUUUAUCACAUUUUAAUAAUUCCAUUGAGAAUGACUCUAGGCAUUCUAAACACAUUUAUUCAGUUAUACAAUAAAAGAAAUUCAUUGUUCUGUAUGUCUUAGUAUCAUGAUACUUUCACAAUAUUUAAAAUUGGCAGGUUUUUUUUAAUAUAGGAAAAAGAAAAGGCAAGUAAUAUCAGUCGUGAGCAAGCUCAUAAUGAAAUCUUUUACUGGAAGUUUAUUUUUGUAUAAAUGAAAGUACUUUCUUGGUAACAUCAUACACGGGUAGCUUAUUCUAGUAGGCAAAAUGCGUUCAAAAUGGUUAUGGAGAAUUCUGUGGCAAGAUGUCAUAGAUAACUACAUGAAAUAUUUACCUUAUAAAGAACACUUUUGAAGCCAAAUCGUAGGAAGACUCACUGAACAGAACUGUGUAUUCUCAUCCUCAUUCCAAUGGUAACAGUACUUAUAUUGUGUGCAUAUUAGAGGGAAGGAGGGAGGGAUAAAUAUUUCUUUCUUAUGUCUAUAAAUAAUCUUAUUGUUGUGAAAAUGGCAUAUUUUGGGGGAAAUGUUAAGUUUAUAAUGAUAGUUAGAAGGAACUUAGAAGCUUUUAUACAAUCAUUUUAUCAAGAUACACUAUCCAAAUAACUAAAUAAUCAUAAACCAAUCAAAGGAAAAA